UUUUUUUUCGUUUUUUAGACAAAAUGCUGAAAUGUUUAUAUGAUUUUAUUGGCCAAAUGACUUGCAGAUAGAAGAAGCCUUCGUGCAAUCAUGAAAAGGAGACGUAGUUUACGUUCAACGCGGACCCUAAGUCUGUGGUUAGAAUUUGUUUAUAAUUUUCUGUUUUAUUGUUGGAUUUUAAGUUAUCUAAUAGUGGAUGUUAAUGCCGAGGUCGGCAUAGGUUGUCCACCAUCCGAAGCCAUAUUACCAUGUCGCUGUUCGUUGAGGGGCAAGGAAAUACAAAUAUGGUGUUCUCACAGUAAUUUACCCCAAAUAAUGGAUGGCAUUAAAGCAGUCGAACGAAAUAUUAAAGGAGCCAUCGAUGAACUAGUGCUGGAAAAUAAUCAGUUACCAGCCCUACCGGGUCGUUUCUUUGGCUCCCUACAAAUUGUACGGCUUAUGUUGCGUUACAAUGGCAUUGAAAGGGUCUCGAAUGGUUGGCUCAAUGAAUUGGAAAAUUCUUUAGUGGAAAUUUAUAUUGUAGAGCCACAAUUGAGAAGUAUACCGGUGGAAAGUCUAAAUGGCAUGAUAAAUAUGGUGGCUAUUACCAUACAAAGUGAUGAACUUAAACAUUUGCCCGAUUUCUCGGGUCUUUUGAGUUUAACAUAUUUAAGUGUACAAAGUAAAUCGUUAACCGAACUGCAGCCGCAUUGGUUUAGACAUUUGCCGAAAUUGCAAAACAUACACUUGACGGGCGGAGAACAUUUGAAUCGUUUGGAAAAUGGCCUAUUCGAUGGUCUUAUAUCGUUAAAAAAUUUGGAUUUAAGUAGAAAUGGUAUUAGUUGGAUACAUUUAAGAGCUUUAAGUAGAUUACCGAAUUUGGUGAGUUUGAAAUUGUCCUACAAUCAAAUCAGUGAUGUGGGUAUGAUCGGACGUAUUAUAAAGGAUUUGGAAAAUUUAAAAAAAUUACGUUUGGAUCACAAUAUUAUCAAUAUCAUAGAGGAUGGUUCUUUUGUGGACUUGCCACAUUUGAGUGAAUUGCAUUUGAAUGAUAAUCGUAUAACCGAAUUGGAAUAUGGUGCUUUUCUGCGUACACCCAUGUUAAAGACAAUUUACUUGCAUAAUAACCAUAUUAAGAGAAUUCAUCCGGAAUCGUUUCUGCAGGCAUCAGGCAGUGGUGUGGAAACUAUGUAUUUGUAUAACAAUGAAAUAGAACAUGUAGCAGAGUUGAGAUCUUUACUAGAAGCUUUACCGGCUUUGAAAUUUUUGGAUAUUAGUAAUAAUUUCUUACGAGAUAUACACUUUGGUGCUUUGCGCGGUCAUGGUACACUGGAACAGUUGCAUGUGAAUAAUAAUCUUUUGAGAAAUAUCGAAAGAGAUGCUUUAAUGGCCAUGCCCGCUUUAAGAGAGUUGCGAUUGAGAAACAACAGUUUGUCACAUGAAUUGCCGAUGCCAUUUUGGAAUUUACCCGGUUUGAAGGGUUUAGAUUUGUCCGCUAAUAAUUUUCGUUCUGUGGACUCUUUUCUAUUGGCUGGUUUACCCUCUUUAAGGCGCUUGGAUUUAAGUGAAAAUGGUUUAAGCAAACUGGACCCAACCACCUUUAUACACAAUGCCAUGUUGGAAACUUUAAAUAUAUCGGCCAAUGAAUUGGUUCUACUGCAUCCCGCUACAUUUCGCAAUUUGGAUCGUUUGUUUGAAGUCGAUUGUAGUUUUAAUCAAUUAUUGGAAAUUAUACCAGGAUUACCAAAAAUUGUCGAACGUAUUUCAGUGCGUGGCAAUCUCAUCUCUAAUUUGCCGCAAUUGUCUAGUAAAACUUUAAAUUUGCCAAAUUUAAGAAUGUUGGACUUGAGUCUAAAUCGUUUGGAACAUUUGCCCAAAUAUGCUUUCCAGGGUACGGUGCAAUUAAGGGUUCUAAGUUUGGCCAAUAAUCGUUUAAGAACUUUGGAUGAUACCGCCUUUAUAGGGGCCUAUCGCUUAGAAUUGCUACAUUUACAGGAGAAUCAAUUAAUGAAUGUAGAUGAACGUUGCUUGCUACCUUUAGCCGAGUUAAGAAAUCUCAAUUUACAUGCCAAUAAAUUAACGCUAAUAACCGAUAAUUUAUUUUCUAAUAACAGCAAAUUGGAACAAUUGGAUUUAUCGCAUAACAAUAUACGUUCCAUAGCGCCAGCAGCAUUUGAAUCACAAAAAUCUUUAGAAUAUUUAGAUUUAUCGGGUAAUGCUCUUAAUGAUAUGUCCAUUUCUUUGGUCAACUUAAUAAAUUUAAAAGAUAUAGACCUUAGCUACAAUCAAAUCUCUCAUAUACACAAUGAAGUGGUAUCGGCUUGGCGUCAGGUUAUUGAAAUACGCUUAUCGAACAAUUUAAUAACGGAGUUAAAACAUGGCUCUUUUCGUAAUUUGGUGAAAUUACAAUAUUUAGAUUUAUCUAGCAAUGAAAUAAGUGUAGUAGAACCGGGCGCUCUGAAAAAUCUACCCGAUCUACAGGAAUUCGUUUUGGCAGACAAUAAACUGAGCGAGCUAAAAGAUCAUGUCUUUGAGGAUUUACCCAAUUUAUUGGCCUCUCACUUUCAGUACAAUAAUUUACGUUUUAUAUCGUCGGAAAGCUUUUUUAAUUCACCCUCUAUGGUUUUUUUGAAUCUAUCGAAUAAUCAUUUUCGUAAUAUGGAAAAUAUUGGUUUGCGCACCAUGCGUAAUUUGGAAGUAUUGGAUUUGUCAACUAAUGCCGUUAAAAUGGUUACGACAAUGCCUUUGAAAUCCUUGAAUUGGUUGGUGGAACUAAAAAUGGAUAAUAAUGAAAUAUGUAAAAUUCAAGGUUCUCCAUUUGAAACAAUGCCCCGCCUAAGAGUUUUAUCUAUGCGUAAUAAUCGUUUGCGCACAAUUAAAGAGAGAACAUUUCGCAAUCUGAGAGGCAAUAUAGCCAUUAUUGAUAUGGAUGGCAAUCCCAUUGAUUGUUCCUGUGAAAUGCAAUGGCUGUCGGUAUGGUUGCAGGAAACGAAUUUUCCCUAUCCCGGACCCAAAUGUCAAGAUGGCCGCCUCCUAAGAAUGUCGCGCAUAGAUAAAAGCUUAUGCAACAGUUAUGGCGAUAACAAUCCCCGAAAUGGUGGUUCUUAUAGUGAGAGUGAGGGAGCAAAUCAUUUGCCGCUACUCAACGAACAUGGUGAUAUAUUUCAAAGGGAUUUACACGAUGAAUAUAGCGAAGAAUGUGAAGCCUAUGAUACGCCCAUCGCUGAAAGACCUCUGGCCGGGGAAAGUGAAUAUUUCUACGAUCAAUAUGUUGACUAUCCACCUGCCAAUGAGACAGUGGGCUCUCAACAACAUGAACAUUCCUCUUCAAGUACACACAUUGAAACGAGUAAUACAGUUUUAAAUCUGAACAAAAAACCGUUAGCUGCUACACCAAUUAGUUCCAAUAUCGAUUUGAAUAAUACAAUUUUGAAUACGAACUAUUUCAAAAAGAAACCAGGUUCUCCAUACUCCUCCUCUUCUUCGCCCUUUACCUUUUUUGGUUAUCCCAUACCUAGUUUGAGUUUGGGUAGAUUUUUUGGAGCCAAUCAAAGGGGACGCAAAGAUAGAGGUGAUUAUGGCAGUACGGCCGCCUCAACAACUAUAACCACUACUAGUGAAAUGCCGGCUACACAUCGCAUGCAUACCGGCUCGGGAAAAGUGCGCAUGUAUCAGCCUAAUAGUGCAGAGUUCGAGAAAUAUCUUAAGGAUAAGAAGGAUGAGACAACGGAAGAUUCUCAAUAUGCCGAUGCCAAUGGUCGUAAACGAUUUAUGGAAAUAGCCUCAGACGAAACUUCGGCUAGUUCGGAAAAUCCUUCGAGUGUUUUCAAAACAGGCUUUCGUCUACCAACUAGUGUAGAAAGAGGCGGUUUUAAGCCCAUAGUACCGGAAAAUAAUGGUGGUUUCAUGCCGGUACAUGAUCCCUCCAAACGAAGAGGUAUAGUUGAGGUAGUGGCUUCUUCGUCAGCGAAAAUUAAUAAAACAAAUCGUUUAAGUCAAGAUUAUGAAAAGUCAUUGAAUAGUUUUAAGCAAAAGAAUCCAAUAACCACAACUCAGUCCACUAUGAGUGAAGAAAUAGAAACUCAAACCUACUACGUGACAGAAGCAUCUACAGAAGAUACUACAACUAAUCGGCCCAUAUUACGCAACUCCGUGAAAAGCACACCUAAACCUUCUACCCCGCUAUCUAAACCAUUUACCACAACAACUACGUCAACAAGUACAACAAUGCGCACGCCCACAACUACUACAGCAAUCAAUACAACACCUAAAGAUUCUUAUGAAUCUGAACUAUACGAUGAUGAUCUGGAGGCCCAAUCAGUGGGUAUGUUAAAACCCCCACCUCUUAUACAGACAACAACAUCUGAAACCAUAUUGUUAAUACCACCACCCGAAGAAUUAGUUGAACAAAUCAAAAGACAAUCCUGGAUCCAUACUACACCCAAACAGGACUCCCAAGAAUCCCAUAAUUAUCUCACAACCCUAAUAACAACAACAACAAGUAGCACUACCCCAUCACCAGAUCCCAAAAUAUUUUCCACAACCACUACCAUACCAUUACCUUAUCUACCGCGUCCAGGUGGAGCGGCCCGCUCAACUAUAACCAAAGUCUAUACACCACAAACACUAAACCAACACUUACCCACAGCUGAAGAAUACCAGAGGACAACACCAAGCCUCACAUCGAAAUCGUAUCAAACCGAAGAACCUCAACUAACGGCAAAUGCUCAAAAACGUGAUGACACUAUCGAUCGCAAAGAUGGCAUGGACUGGUAUUAUGAGAGUUUUAAGAAAUCACGUACAAGUGGUUCGAUAAAACCGGUUUUUAGUGAUACCAGCUCUUUGAGAAGUUCAGCAGUUAAAAGAAGUUUAUCUAAUAUUUAUCUAGUUUUAAUAUCUUUCAGUGUAUUUAGUUUACGAAAUUAUUAAAUGAUAUACAUACAUAUAAAUGCAACAAUUUACUAAAUUAAUCUAUCAGUUUUAAGAUUUCAAAAAAAGAAAUAAAUAAAUUAUUGAAAUAAACAUAAAAAUUAGUUUA